AUGAAGGGCCUUAUUCUUGUUGGUGGUUACGGUACUCGUUUGAGACCUUUGACCUUGACCUUGCCAAAGCCUUUGGUUGAGUUCGGUAACAGACCUAUGAUCUUGCACCAGAUCGAGGCCUUGGCUGCUGCUGGUGUCACCGACAUUGUGUUGGCUGUCAACUACAGACCUGAGGUGAUGGUGUCUACGUUGAAGAAGUACGAGGCUGAAUACGGCGUGUCCAUCACUUUCUCUGUUGAGGAGGAGCCUUUGGGCACUGCUGGUCCUUUGAAGCUUGCCGAGAAGGUCUUGAAGAAGGACGACUCUCCAUUCUUCGUGUUGAACUCCGAUGUCAUCUGUGACUACCCAUUCAAGGAGUUGGCUGAUUUCCACAAGAACCACGGUGCCUCUGGUACCAUUGUCGCUACCAAGGUCGACGAGCCAUCUAAGUACGGUGUCAUUGUGCACGACAGAAACACUCCAAACUUGAUUGACCGUUUCGUUGAGAAGCCUGUCGAGUUUGUCGGUAACAGAAUUAACGCCGGUUUGUACAUCUUGAACCCUGACGUGAUUGACUUGAUCGACAUGAAGCCAACCUCCAUUGAGAAGGAGACCUUCCCUCAAUUGGUCGAGAAGAAGCAAUUGUACUCUUUCGACUUGGAGGGCUACUGGAUGGACGUUGGUCAGCCAAAGGAUUUCUUGUCUGGUACUUGUCUCUACUUGACCUCCUUGUCUAAGAAGUCUCCAGAGAAGUUGUCUAGCGAAAAGUGGGUUCACCAGGGUAACGUGCUCGUUGACCCAACUGCCAAGAUCCACCCAACCGCUUUGAUCGGUCCUAACGUCGUCAUUGGUCCUAACGUUGUCAUUGGUGAGGGUGCCAGAAUCCAGAGAUCCGUCCUUUUGGCCAACUCUGAGGUCAAGGACCACGCAUGGGUCAAGUCCACCAUUGUGGGCUGGAACUCCAGAAUCGGUAAGUGGGCCAGAACCGAGGGCGUCACUGUCUUGGGUGACGACGUGGAGGUCAAGAACGAAAUCUACGUUAACGGUGCCAAGGUCUUGCCUCACAAGUCCAUCUCCAACAACGUGGAGCACGAGGCCAUCAUUAUGUAA